GAUUUAAAAGUCAACUCUCUCUCUCUGACCAAGGUCAGUCACCAGAUACUAGCUGGAUCUGAGAACAGGACUUUGUGUGGACUGGUGGGACUCAGCUGUCAGUACUACUGGGCUAGAAAUUUACCAAACCCUGCGCCUUUCCAAUACGACCGACCACCGCACCUUGGUUUAUCAUUUUCUAUCUCCCAUCCACGAUGAACGUGGCACCUUGUUCUCGCUGUGGUUUUGGAGUAUACCCUGCUGAGAAGAUAAACUGUAUAGACCAGAUAUGGCACAAGGCUUGCUUCCACUGCGAGAUUUGCAAGAUGAUCCUCACAGUCAAUAACUUUGUGAGCUUCCAGAAGAGGCCGUACUGCCAGGCACACAACCCAAAGAACAACGUAUUUACCAGUGUGUACGAGACACCAGUAAAUAUUCAUGUCAAGAAACAGACGCAAGCGCUCAGUGAGAUCAAGUAUCGAGAAGAGGGGGAAAAGUUCAAAUCAGUUUUUAAUUGGGACAUGAAGCCCAGAGAGAUCGAGCAUGACAGCAAAGUAGAAAAAAUCCUCAGCCAGAAAGCUUUCGAAGAUGUCAAAUCUUGGUACUCUCAGACGGACCGAGAAUUGGUACAAGUGUCUCAGACUGAAAAGUCCCUCAGUGAUAUGAAAUACACCGAAGAAUAUGAAGAGCAGAUAAGGAAAGGCAGCUUCCCUGCGAUGAUCACACCUGCUUACCAAACCGCAAGAAAAGCCAAUAACUUGGCAAGCACCGUGGGGUACAAGCGAGGACACGAGGAGCGCCUCUCACAAUAUACCAGAGUUGUGGACACUAAAGAUAUUUUACACGCCAAGGCAGGAGCGCAGCUUCACAGUGAUGUGAAAUACACAGAGGAUUAUGAAGAGCAGCGAGGGAAAGGCAGCUUCCCAGCAAUGGUCACCCCGGGCUAUCAAAUCGCCAAGAGGGCUAAUGAGCUGGCUAGCGAUGUUAAAUAUCACCGUCAUUACGAGAAGCAGAUAAAGGGGAGAGCGAGCCAGACAGCUGGGACAGAUGUGACACACGUCAAACAGACAGAUCAUUUAAGCCCGGAUUACUUAGAGGAAGAGGAAGAGUACCGAGGAAAAGGAAGCUUCCCUGCGCUGAUUACACCUGCAUAUCUGCAUGCAAAAAAAGCCAAUGAAAUAGCAAGUGAUAUCAAAUAUAAGAAAGAUUUUUCAAAGAUGAAAGGGGCCGCUCAUUACCAUACUCUGGCCACGGAGGACAACAUGACCAUGAAACAAGCCCAGAACGUGAAUAAGCUGGUCAGCGAGGUGGAGUACAAGAAAGAUUGGGAGCACAGUAAAGGACACAGUAUUAACUACUGUGAAACGCCUCAGUUUAGGAAUGUCAGCAACAUCUCAAAAUUCACUAGUGAUUUAAAGUAUAAAGAGAAGUACCAGAACCAGAUGAAAGGUCACUAUGAAGGUAUCGGAAUGGACCAGCGCACCAUGCACGCCAUGAAGGCGGGGAGUCUGGCCAGCAAUGUUGCCUACAAAUCAGAUUAUAAGAAUGAUGACGUGGAUGCAAAUUAUUACUAUCCGGCCACGCAAACCCCGUCCUAUCAGACCACAAAGAAACUGAAUCCAUUAAAAGAUGUUAACUACCGGCAGAGUAUUGACAAGGUAAAAUACAGCUCUGUAGCAAUCACCCCAGAAAUGGUUCAAGCCAAAGUGAACGCCCAGCAGCUGAGUGAUUUAAAUUAUCGUGCAGAGUAUGAAAAAUCCAAGACACAUUACACGCUCUCACAAGAUCUUCCUGGCCUACGGAAAGCAAAAUCAAAUGCUGAACUGUACAGUGACAAUAAGUACAGAGAAGACUGGAUAAAGAACAAGGGUCGAAACUUUGAGAUGCGCCUGGACUCGUUGUCAAUACUCUCAGCCAAAGCAUCAAUGAACCUAGCAAGUGAUAUUAAAUACAGAGAACAAUAUGAAAAGAAUAAAGGUAAAGCAGCAUCAACGAGUGACUCCAGACUACUCCAUUCAUUACAAGUAGGAAAGAGGGACAGUGAGGUAAAUUACAAGAAAGGAUUCAAGGAGAGCCAAACUCAGUUCCACUUACCGAUGGAUAUGGUAAACCUCACUCAUGCCAAGAAGGCUCAGGCUCUGGCAAGUGACCUGGACUACAGAACGAAAUUCCACGAAUAUACCAUCCUUCCCGAGGACAUGAAGGUCAAAUGGGCCAAGAAAGCGUAUGAUCUUCAGAGUGAGCUCCGAUACAAAUCGGAUCUUUCAUGGAUGAAAGGCGUAGGAUGGGUUGCUGAAGGCAGUCUGAAUGUGAAACAGGCUAAGAAAGCUGCGGAUCUCAUUAGCGAGAAAAAGUACCGUCAGAAAGCGGACCUGUGGAAGUUUACCAGCAUUGCCGACAGCCCGCAGAUUAAACAAGCCAAGAAAAGCCAGGAGCUGCAGAGUGAUCUUGUUUACAAAUCCGGAACCGAGCAUAUGCUCCAUCACUACACAAUCAGCAAGGAUGAGCCGGUUUUCCUGCAGGCACGAACCAACGCGGCUAAUCUGAGUCAGAAACUGUACAAGAGCAGCUGGGAGAACCAGAAAGAGAAGGGUUUUGAGCUGAGACUGGAUGCUUUGAGUAUACUGACCGCCAAAGCAAAGCGGGAUCUAGCAAGUGAUAUCAAAUACAAGGAAAGUUACGAAAAAACAAAGGGUCAACUUAUUGGGGUCCAGGAUGUUCAAGGGGAUUCCCAAAUCUCCCAUUCACUCCAAAUGAGCAAGAUGCAGAGUGAUUUGCAGUACAAGAAGGGGUGUGAGCUUUCCAUGAAACAAUAUUGUGUCUCCAUGGACUCCCUGGACAUGUUGCAUGCUACCAAAGCGCAGGGACUGGCAACUGAACAGGGGUACAGGACCUUCCUUCAUCGCUACAAAGCCUUGCCCACCGACAUGAAGCUGCAAUGGGCCAAGAAGGCGUAUGAUCUGCAGAGUGAUAAUCUGUACAAAUCUGACCUGAAGUGGAUGAAGGGUGUUGGCUGGAUAACGACAGGCUCAUUAGAUGUACUGCAGGCCAAGAAAGCUGGAGAGCUCAUCAGCGAGAAGUCAUAUCGACAAUCACCAUCUGCAUUUAAAUUUACCAGUAUUCAAGAUACGCCAGAGAUUACGCAGGCCAGGAUUAGUUACAACCAGUCUGUGGAUAGUAAAUACAAAGAACAUGGGGAGAAUAUAAAACACCAUUAUACCUCCAUCGCGGAGCUCCCUGAACUACUGCAAGCAAAACUAAAUGCCUUAAACAUUAGUGAGACGCGUUACAAGGAAUCGUGGAGCAAGUUGAAAGAUGGCGGAUACAAGCUGAAACUGGAUGCCAUCCCCUUCCAGGCUGCUAAAGCCUCUAAUGAGAUAAUUAGUGAUCACAAAUAUAAAGAGGAGUUUGAGAAAACGAAAGGAAGGAUGAUUGGUUUGCGUUGCCUGGAGGACGACAUCAGCAUCUCGCAUUCUGUUCAUUCAGCCUCCCUCUCCAGUGAUGUACAUUACAAGAAAGGGUUUGAAAAGAGUAAAACUCAAUUCAAAUUACCAAUGGAUAUGGUAAACCUGGUGCACGCUAAGAAAGUCCAGUCGCUGGUCAGUGACCAGAAUUACAGAAACCUUCUCCAUCAUUACACUUUGCUCUCCGACGACCUCAGAAUGAUGUCUGCCAAGAAAGCCUACGAACUGCAAAGCGAGAACCUGUACAGGUCCGAUCUGAACUUUAUGAGAGGCGUUGGCUGCAUUGUCCCUGGUUCACUGGACAUUGAAGAAAGGAAGAGAGCCUCAGAUCUUGUUAGUGAGCACAAAUACCGGCAGCAGCCACAUACGUUCAAGCACACGACUGUUACAGAUUCCCUGGACCUUCUCCAUGCAAAAUUCAGUAACAAGAUAACCAACGAGCGUUUGUACAAAGCUGCGGGAGAAGAGUCCCUGCACCAUUACACCACUAUUCUUGGACUGCCGGAACAUAUCAGAGCCAAAUUAAAUGCUGUGAACUUCAGUGAUAUUAAAUAUAGGGAGUCUUGGCUGAACGCACGUGCUCAGGGUCACAAGCUGACUAUGGAAGCCAUGCAAUUUCAAACCGCUAAGUCUUCUGGGAACAUUGCAAGCGAUUGCAAAUACAAACACAACUAUCUAUCGGAGAAAGGGAAGCACAUUGGGGCCAGGAGUAUUUUAGAUGACCCGAAGAUGCUGCACUGUCAGCGCAUGGCCAAGUUACAGAGUGAGCAGCAGUACAGAAAGGAAUCUCACCACCUUCGCUCUCAUUAUCACCUGCCGAUGGACAUGGUCAAUCUAGUCCAUGCUAAGAGGGCCCAGGCGCUAGCCAGCGACCAAGACUACAAAAUAAAGCUGCACGAGUACACUGCGGAGCCUGAGGAUGUGAGACUGCUGUGCGCCAAGAGAGCUCAUCUGCUGCAGAGUGAGUCACGGUACAAAUCGGACUUAAACUUCAUGAGGGGAGUGGGCUGGCAGGCUGCUGGAUCCCCUCACAUUGAAAGCGUGAAGAAGGCUGGCGAGCUUAUUAGUGAGACCAAAUAUCGUCAGAAUCCUGGCUCAAUGACUUUCACCACAGUGGUAGAUUCCCCAGAUCUCCUCCACGCAAAGAACAGCUACCUCCAGUGCAAUGAGAGAUUGUACAAGUUGGGAGACUCUGAUGCAAUUCACAGGUCGUCAUUGCCUCCUGAUCACCCAGACUUUCUAAGAGCUCGCAUCAAUGCAUCUCAGAUAAGUGACAAAGCUUACAGGACAUUGUCGGAACAGUCCCGGGCGGCUGGCUAUGACCUGAGAUUGGAUGCCAUCCCGUUCCAGACUGCCAAGGCUUCCAGAGAGAUUGCUAGUGAUUUCCGCUACAAAGAAGCCUUUGUUAAGGAUAAGGGUCAUCAGAUUGGAUUCCGCAGCAUUUCUGAUGACCCUAAGGCCAUGCACGCUAUGAGGGUCAGCAAAAUGCAGAGUGACAAAGAAUACAAAAGACUUUCUAAACAGGGCAGAGCAAACGUCAGGACCCACCUUGACCAACCCAGGUUCAUCCAGGCCAAAAAGAGUCAACAGCAAGCCAGUAAUGUCAACUAUCGUCAGCACCUUCACCAGUACACAUGUGACCCUCAACAACUCAAUCUGAAGCAUGCCAAACAAGCGCACAGUCUGCAGAGCGAUGUGAAAUACAAAUCAGAUCUGAAUUGGAUGAAGGGCAUUGGUUGGACCCCACCCGGCUACUACAAGGUGGAACUGGCACGUAGGGCAGCGGAAUUGGCAAACACAGAAGAUGAGCCAGAUUUUAGCAUGGAAUCUGAACAUUUCAUAAACCAGAGGGCGCCUGACUCUUUACAGCAGAGUGGGGUGAAUCUGGAUGCUUCAGAGAUCCUGCAAGUCAAACGGAAGAAAAUGCUACCUAUGAGAAAAUAAAUGUGGGCGGCACCAGUGCAAUAAAAAUGCAACACAUUGCUUUAACCCUUUACUGGAUGUGACAUAUAACACGAAUAUCGACAAAACGCGAUUUAACCCUUUAAUGGGUGUGACAUAUAACACGAAGAUUGACAAUACGCGAUUUAACCCUUUACUGGAUGUGACGUAUAACAUGAAUAUCGACAAUACACGAUUUAACCCUUUACUGGAUGUGUUGUAUAACAUGAAUAUCGACAAUACGCGAUUUAACCCUUUACUGGAUGUGACGUAUAACAUGAAUAUUGACAAUACGCGAUUUAACCCUUUACUGGAUGUGACGUAUAACAUGAAUAUCGACAAUACGCGAUUUAACCCUUUACUGGAUGUGACGUAUUACAUGAAUAUCGACAAUACACGAUUUAACCCUUUACUGGAUGUGACGUAUAACACGAAUAUCGACAAUACGCGAUUUAACCCUUUACUGGAUGUGACGUAUAACACGAAUAUCGACAAUACGCGAUUUAACCCUUUACUGGAUGUGACAUAUAACACGAAUAUCGACAAUACGCGAUUUAACCCUUUACUGGAUGUGACAUAUAACACGAAUAUCGACAAUACACGAUUUAACCCUUUACUGGAUGUGAUGUAUAACAUAAUAAAUCGACAAUACGUAAUUUAACCCUUUACUGGAUGUGACAUAUAACACGAAUAUCGACAAUACGCGGUUUAACCCUUUACUGGAUGUGAUGUGUUUCAGAGCUAAUGGCUCACUUCAAGCUGAUAUAAUUCUAUUUGUUUACUUGUUAAAUGCAGAUUUCUCUGCACUUUAUUAGCCUCUUCCUUGCAGCCAUGUUUAGAAUAUUCCCGAAUUCCUGCGUCCCCUGCACCAUUAGUUCUGACACCUUCAGUUAAAAUGCUGCGUGUCUGCACAGUCUGCGAUUUCUUACACCUAAAAUGUGUGAUCAGUUUUUCUUCCAUAGAAUCUAAAUAGCAAAUGGAUUUUAGAAAGCUUAUUACAAUGGUUUAAUGUAUCUCUUUAGUAACGUUAUCUGCUCACAAUUAACAUAUUAAGAACAGCGCAGUACGUGGUCCGUUAUAUCCAAACACGGCCGAAAAUCACAGAAAGACCUUAAUUGUCAGGGUAUUCACUGGUCUCUUUCACUGGAGAUCUUACGGCUUGCGUACAUCCUGUAGGUUAUCUCUGAAUACCUUAUAGUCUGUUGCUGUUCUUUAUGACACACAAUAAUCAAUGGAGAAUCUGCGGCCAAGGCUUUCAUUAACUAACAUCUCCCCGUAUUUCAAUGGUCACUUAUAGUUAUUGGUGUGCCAGAACGUACGGCAACAUUUACAACAUUUUAAAUAAUGUAAUGACCAACUAGCAGCAAUAAGAAAUGUAAUUUAGUUAAAAAUAGAGACGAUUGGCUCCGCUCCUACAGAGGGACUGAUCCCUAAAAUGAGCUUAGGGAGUAUGAUUAUAAUAUAUCAAUGCCAUGGCUUGGAAAAUGAUUAAAUAGCACUUUGUAGAUCAGGUUGUGUAGUUAUCUUGUUUUCUUAUAAAAAAAUAAAUAUAUAUUAUGCCCCUGUAAUCCGUAUCAGAACAUGAUCAAAUGAUUGUGCAACAAUUCUGUCUUUGGGGAUUCUAGUCAAGCAAAUAUAAUGUUUACUUUAUCUGUUACUUUGUUGUAUAGAGCAUUAACACAGAGCGACUGGCUGGUUCAGUUUUGUACCAGAACAAAUCAUUUAAUUUCUAAACUGUGGAUGUGUUUGUACUGAAUAUAAUAAAUGGAUAUUGAUU